GUUAUUUUGAAGUGCAGCAGCAGCAGCAACAAAUUGUGCUAGAGAAACAAAUAAUCAGCAUUUAAGGGAUAAUCUGUGCGGCUUACGGCAUUUCAUUAAAAUGGAUUUGCGCGAAUGCCGUUGCGCUGAGCUGCAUUUGUGCAUGGGAUUAUCGAUUGUAAUGCGCAGUCAUCAAACAAUACAACAACAACAACAACAACAGCAGCAGCAACAACAACUACAACAACAACAACAGCAACGCAGCAACAACAAACAUUGAGUAUUGGCCCCAAAACAGUUUUAGUCAGUGUCUUAUGAAACAAUCGAAGCGCCGGCCCAGGCAGCAUCAGCAGCAAUCAACCAAAUCGCAUCACAUUUUUGUACGGCAUACGCAAAGAUAUGACAAGUGAUGGUGCUGUUACGUUUUGGAUAUUUUUGCUUUGUUUGAUCGGCACACCGCAGCUGGAGGGCAGCGAGGCCGGCAAACCGGAUGAGCUGCACAUUGGCGGCAUAUUUCCAAUUGCCGGCAAGGGAGGAUGGCAGGGUGGGCAGGCGUGCAUGCCGGCAGCAAGACUGGCAUUGGAUGAUGUCAACAAGGAGCCAAAUCUGCUGCCAGGCUUCAAGCUCAUCCUGCACAGCAAUGACAGCGAGUGCGAGCCCGGUUUGGGCGCCAGUGUGAUGUACAAUCUACUAUAUAAUAAGCCACAAAAGUUGAUGCUACUUGCGGGUUGCAGCACUGUGUGCACCACUGUGGCAGAGGCAGCCAAAAUGUGGAACUUAAUUGUGCUAUGUUAUGGCGCUUCAAGUCCAGCUUUAUCGGAUCGCAAGCGUUUUCCAACACUAUUUCGCACACAUCCCUCGGCCACAGUGCACAAUCCAACGCGCAUCAAACUGAUGAAGAAGUUCGGCUGGUCUCGCGUGGCCAUUCUACAGCAGGCCGAGGAGGUAUUCAUAUCGACUGUGGAAGAUCUCGAAAAUCGCUGUAUGGAGGCUGGCGUCGAAAUCGUAACUAGACAAUCAUUUCUAUCCGAUCCAACAGACGCCGUACGCAAUUUAAGACGCCAGGAUGCCCGGAUUAUUGUGGGACUCUUCUAUGUGGUAGCAGCGAGACGGGUUCUCUGCGAGAUGUACAAACAGCAGCUCUAUGGACGUGCCCAUGUCUGGUUCUUUAUUGGCUGGUACGAGGACAAUUGGUAUGAGGCGAAUCUGGAGAACGAGGGCAUUACCUGCACAGUGGAGCAAAUGCGUAUAGCUGCCGAGGGCCAUUUAACCACAGAGGCGCUCAUGUGGAAUCAAAACAAUCAGACAACAAUAUCCGGAAUGACGGCUGAAGAGUUUCGACAUCGACUGAAUCAUGCACUAAUCGAGGAGGGCUAUGACAUUAAUCACGAUCGCUAUCCCGAGGGCUAUCAGGAGGCGCCGCUGGCCUAUGAUGCUGUCUGGAGCGUAGCAUUGGCAUUCAACAAGACAAUGGAACGUUUAACAUCACGCAAGAAAUCGCUACGAGAUUUCACCUAUACGGACAAAGAAAUCGCCGAUGAUAUCUAUUCGGCCAUGAAUUCAACACAGUUCUUGGGCGUAUCGGGCGUUGUUGCAUUCAGCUCACAGGGUGAUCGUAUUGCGCUAACACAAAUCGAACAAAUGGUGAAGGGAAAAUACGAGAAGCUCGGCUAUUACGACACCCAGCUGGAUAAUCUAACCUGGCUAAAUACGGAGCAAUGGAUUGGUGGCAAGGUGCCGCAGGAUCGAACAAUUGUUACCCAUGUGCUUCGCACUGUAUCUUUACCGUUAUUCGUCUGCAUGUGCACAAUCUCCAGCUGCGGCAUUUUCGUGGCCUUUGCUCUGAUCAUCUUCAACAUAUGGAACAAGCAUAGAAGAGUAAUACAAUCCUCACAUCCUGUUUGCAAUACCAUCAUGCUAAUUGGCGUCAUCAUCUGCCUUAUAUCAGUCAUCUUACUGGGAAUGGACGGACGCUUUGUCAGUCCGGACGAAUAUCCAAAGAUUUGUCAGGCACGAGCUUGGCUAUUAUCCACCGGUUUUACACUAGCAUAUGGUGCUAUGUUCAGCAAAGUCUGGCGUGUGCAUCGAUUUACAACAAAAGCGAAAACUGACCCAAAGAAAAAAGUGGAACCUUGGAAGCUAUACACCAUGGUUUCGGGGCUCUUAUCAAUAGAUUUAGUGAUAUUACUGUCUUGGCAGAUCUUUGAUCCGCUGCAGCGUAUACUCGAAACAUUCCCACUCGAAGAUCCAGUAUCUACAACUGAUGAUAUUAAAAUACGUCCAGAGCUUGAGCAUUGUGAAAGUGAACGCAAUUCCAUGUGGUUAGGACUCGUUUAUGGCGUGAAGGGUCUAAUACUUGUAUUCGGACUGUUCUUGGCAUACGAGACGCGUUCCAUUAAAGUCAAACAGAUCAAUGACUCACGCUAUGUGGGCAUGAGCAUCUAUAAUGUGGUUGUGCUCUGCCUGAUAACGGCGCCGGUGGGCAUGGUCAUUGCAUCGCAGCAGGACGCGUCUUUCGCCUUUGUUGCACUAGCUGUGAUAUUCUGUUGUUUCCUAAGCAUGCUGCUGAUAUUUGUGCCAAAGGUCAUUGAGGUCAUACGACAUCCAAAGGAUAAGGCCGAAUCAAAGUACAAUCCGGACUCGGCCAUAUCGAAGGAGGAUGAGGAACGCUAUCAAAAACUAGUAACCGAAAACGAGGAACUACAACGAUUGAUAACACAGAAAGAAGAAAAGAUACGAGUUCUACGGCAACGACUGGUCGAGCGGGAUGUCAACACCAAAAGCACAGAACUGAAUGGAGCAUCUGGGGCCGGUGCCGUCGGCACAGCAACAACUUCGCUGGCAGUCCAGCAGCAGACUGCUUCUAUCAUUAACGCAAACACCUCUGCGCAUACGACGCCUGUGGCCUCACUCGCAAUCACACAAGAGAUUUUAGCAAUUUUUGCGGGCAUUGAGAAAUUCGAUUGAGCAUUUUGGAGUUAAAAGAUACUCAUGAGCACCGUACAUGAAAAAACUUGUCAAUUUCCUUUGCGUGAUAGGUGAAUUAUACAAAAAUGAUUAUGCUAAAUAAAAACUUAAUAAAUAUUGUAUGUACUUAAUAAACUUUGUAUCAACUUUAAGCUGAGCUAAAUACGAGAAUUGGUAGCAGCAAUUUUGUAGAUUAACUGAAAUAUGUAUUGUACCUUAAACGUGUUUAGCAAGUACUUAAAUUAAUAAAACGAAAUACUUUUAACUUACUACAAUUAAUUAAUAAACAAAAUUAGAAUGUGAACUAAACAAAAAUGUUAGGCUUUAAAGUUGAACACAAAAACCACACAUACUCAAGUCAUUAUGAAGAAAAACAAAUAGCAAAUUAUGAAAGAAAUCAUGUUAAAGUUCGUAAUUUUUAAAAUGAAAAGCAAAACAAAUUGUUGUGUUAGUACAUAUGUUCUUCUUGUAUAACGAGUAUUUUCCAUAAACCUAUUUUGCUCAGCUCUAUCUCCUAAAGCUAAAGCACACACACAGACACGAACACAGAAAUGUUUUCCCAAGGCGGCCUUUCCCAUUUCAUAUAUAUUUAGUUUUAUCUCACUUUAUUUCGUUUAACCCAGGACUCGGAUCCUGACCAAUGCCGUGGCAAUACGAGCUCCUAGACUCCAGUACCAGACUCCUAUAAAGUUUGGCCUCUUUAACACGUAGUUUAGCCUAAGUUAGUGUUAGAUUUUGUAUAGACCGAGUGUGUACGUGUGUGUAUACAUUUUUGGAGUCAUGUCCAAUACUUCUCAUACUUACACACAUACAAACACACAUACAUACAUACAUACAUAUAUAUUAUGCACUCGAAAGUAAUGUUUUAAUAGUUUAAAUUUCUGUGAGUCGUAAGUAGCACAAAUCGAAUGGAAAGCAUAGCAAAUCUUAGAUAAAUAAUAAACAUAGCAUAGUCUAGUGUAGUAUCAAAAGUUAAUAUAUAUAAUAUGUAUAUGUAUUAUUAUAUUUUGUGGGGGUAUGGGCCGGGGGCUUACGUGCUCAAGCAACAUUUUAAUUUUUUAUGUACUGUUAUACAAAUGAUGAGAGAUACAUUUGAAAGCAAAGGAAAAUUUUUGAACACACUGUAAGUUCUAAAAUUGCAUUUAUAAAAUUAUAAAUAUAUACAGACAUAUAUACACAAAGCAAAACAAACGGAAAAUAGUGCAUAUUGUGAACCAAAUGCGUCGUUAUUUAAAUAGGAAUUGAAAUGAUUAAAAUGAGGAAAAUCACAACAACAAA